UUCAAAAUGGCUGAAGGAUGACAACACGGUGUAAUCAAUUGAAGGAACAAUUGAAUGUUACGAAAAUAAAUUUGGAGGGAAAAUGUCUCAUAUUCAGUAUGUCGAUGAGUUGGUCAAGGAGUAUUUAUUAUUUCGAGGAUUUAGUCAAACUCUGAAAGCCUUCGACAACGAUUUAAAGACCGAGAAAGAAAAAGGUUUCAGGGUUGAUAAAAUAGUUGAUCAACUGAUGCAAUAUAUAUUCACAUAUGAUUUAACAUCUCUGAGAGAAUUAUGGGGACACUUGGACAUUAGAUUGUUCUCUCGUUUAGAGAAUCACUUUACUCCAGCGAUAAGAAAAUUAGAGAAUGCUGUAUUAAAAAUGUAUCUGGUUAAUGCGGCUGUAAAUAAUAAAUUAGAUCGUAUUCAAGAAUUUUUUUCUAAAAUGGCACCAGAAUUGCAAGGACAUUCAGAAUGGAAAGAAUGGUUUGCAUUACCAUUUAUUAAAAAUCCAGAAGAAAAUCCAAUUUAUUCGGCACAUUUUAGUAGACAAUGGCAAGAUACUAUGGUGGUUUCUUUACACAAUUUUCUUGCUACUAUCUUUCAAUGUAUGCCACAACCAACAUUAUUAACGAUAGAUGAAGAUACUAAUAAGUUAAAACGUUUGCAAGAAGAGAACGAAGCGUUGAGACAAAAAUUAAAUGAACCUAUUAAAGUAGAAACAAUUUCCGAUGUAAAUCCAGGACCAGUACCGCAAUAUCCGUCAAUGGAUGAUGUUAUGGAUGAUUUUUACAUCAUUGCUCAAGAAUCUCCUUUAAUGGAAAAUCCUAAAACACUGAGAAGUUUAAUAAAAAAUAUAGGAGGCGGUUCUAGUCCAAUUUUAAAUAGAAAAUCUGCAACAAAUGUUAAAAAACAUACAGAACCUGAUAUGACGUCUACGAAAAGAACGAACACCAAAGGAAGAUUGAAUUCAGUUGCAAAAACUGAAGUAGUUGCUAAAAGGAGCAUAAGUUGUGAUUCUCGAUUAACUAGUACUAGAAAAAGGGAUUCAUCUAUAGAUACUACUGUUGAAAGAAAAACUAAAGAGAAGAUGGAGUCAACUUACAUUCUAUUAAGUCAGGAGGAAUAUACAGAACAUAAAGCAUCUAUUAUUCAAUGUAAAAGCAAUGCGAGUGGUUCGUACGUGGCAACGGGUGAUAUCGAUGGUGUUAUCAAAGUAUGGACACCAAUUCCGUCACCAAAAACCGUCACGACAUUCUCCUCACCUGUGGCAAACACGAAUAAAGCUAUAACUGCAUUAGAUUGGAUAGCAAAAAAUGAACGUUACUUUUUACAUGGUGAUAAUAAUGGUAUCAUUCAGUUACACGAUACACGUGAUUGUAAAACACUUUGGGAAAUACAACACGAAGGAUCAAAGAUUAUAACAUUACUUUGCAAUCCAACUGAUUCUACAUUCGUAUGCUCGGUGACUGAUUUUACGGAAAGUAAAUUACUUUUAUAUGACAUUAAAUCGAUGAAAUUAGAAAGAAUUUUACCUACAGAACAAGAUGUAAUAGCUUUGUGUUCAGCGUUUAAUCAUAAUGGACAAUUGUUGAUCACAGGAAUGUCUAAUGGCAAUGUAUUGAUACACGAUUUUAGACAAAAUGAAAUAAUCAGUAAUUUCAGUUCUCAUUCAAGUGCAGUCAUCGAUAUUGAAUUGAUUAAUGACUUUAAUAAUUUUUGUACACGAACCCAAGAUGGAAAAUUGUGUCAAAGAAGUUUAAAUCAUUCAGGAAAGAUAUUAUGGGAGAGUAAAAUUAAAAUAGAAAACAACGCUUAUCAUGGAAAAUUAUUUACCUUCGAUCAAAGUGGAAAUUAUAUGUUACUUUGUACACAAAACGGUGGUAAUAUAUACAAAACACCACCUAGUAUGCAAACAAAAGUUUUAGAACUUGGUGGACAUAAAGGAACAUUGUGUUGCGACUGGUCUAGUGCUAAUCAAUCUGGAACAUGUAUUACCGGUGGUGCGGAAGGAAAAGCAAGAGUAUCGACAUUAUUAUCACCAUGAUACAAAAAUAAAAUUAGCAUAUGUGUAAAUUCGUGAGCGCGGAUUAAUUGAAAAAGAAAAAAGUUAGCAGAAGAGAGCAAUUAUGUAGAUAUUGAUUUUGUUUAUAUGUAAUUUAUUCCUUACUAAUUUUAAAUCUAAUAAUAGUAUUAAAAUAUAGAAAUAACUAUAAUAUAUCAUAAAUAUAGACAAUAUUAGUAGGAAAGUCAAAUUAUUUUAUAAAAAGUACAAUUCAAUACCAAUGUAUCAUUUUCCUAUAUAACAUCUAAUAAUAUUUAAUAGUAUUUUAUUUUUUAAAACAUAAUUAACUUACUAAUUAGUAGGAUGAUGAAAUUUAUAGAAAAUGACUUAUUAAUAAUAUAAAAAUGUAAAAUGUGAUCUUAUAUAAGUUUAGUGUUAAUAGAAAACCAAAAAAAAAAAGGAAAAAAAAAAACAUAAUAUGUACAGAAAACAAAUGUCAAAGUCAAUAAAUGCAAGUCAAUUUUAA